GCAGGGCUACCAACCACUGUUUAGCUUCUAGUCCACAUCGAGCUUUAGCAAUUCACUUAACACAAGCAUGGAAGUUAAACAGAAUAAGACCUAAAAGGAUAUGCCCUCAUUGAAUUAAAACAUACGCCACAAAGACAAACGUUGCAUCGCAGCCACUCCAGCAGCCAUGUCGGGAAUUAAAAGGAAAAUAGAGGGCAAUGACCCAGACUAUGAGGACAUUUCGCUGGUUCAGAACAGUAAAAGAAAUAAAGCAGCUGAACAUAAUGCUCGAGAAGCAACUAUACAGAAGAUUGAAACCAUCAUCAGGGAGCAGUUUUCUUUAGAGAUGAGGAACAAAGAGCAUGAAAUUGAUGUGAUUAGUCAGCGACUCAAUGAAGCCAGGAGGAUGAUGGACAAGCUGAGGGCAUGCAUAGUGGCCAAUUACUAUGCCAAUGCUGGUGUUACUAAGUCUUCAGAGCAUUCUGCCAAGAGUGACCCUGCUGUGUUGAACCAUCCAGCCAUCCGCCGGUUCCUUGAGUCUCCCUCCCGUUCCUCUUCCCCUCUAAACCAGGGCUCUGAGACUCCUUCUCUUGUCCACUCAGAGUCAGAGUCCCUCUCACAGCAGGGAGACGGUGCUGAGAGGGAUAGUGAAGGAGCAUGGAGAGAUGACAGCAGACCUGGACGCAAUACAGGAAAGGACACUUUUGGUGUGCCAUUGUCCAUUGGAGCGGAGCAGAGGGUGACGUACCACACUACUGGAACUGAAGCCUCUAGACUCUAUGCAAAGAAGACAAUUGUAGUGGGAAACGUUUCUAAGUACAUUCCCCCAGAUAAGCGGGAAGAAAACGACCAGUCUACCCAUAAGUGGAUGGUGUACGUCAGAGGCUCCAGGAAGGAACCCAGCAUUGAUCACUUUGUAAAGAAAGUCUGGUUCUUCUUGCAUCCCAGCUACAAACCCAAUGACCUGGUGGAAGUCAGUGAGCCGCCCUUUCAUUUAACACGCCGUGGCUGGGGCGAGUUUCCAGUGAGGAUCCAGAUCCACUUCAAAGAUCCCCGCAACAAACGCAUUGACAUCAUCCACCAGCUAAAGCUGGACAGGACAUACACAGGGCUGCAGACACUUGGGGCGGAAACUGUGGUUGAUGUGGAGCUCCAUAGGGACUCUCUUGGGGAAGAUUACAUCCCUCAGCCCUCUUCCUCCAAGGUGACUCGCAGAGCAGCAAGCCCCACGAUGUCCACCUCAGUGCCUCAAACUUAUGGACGCUCAAGUUCUCCCACAUCACAUGAUCCCAGCACAGACAAAGCUUUUAUCAAAGCAGAGACAGGCAGGUCUGCAGGCAGCCAUAGCUCCAGCCUCGCCGCUGGUGAACGUACCCCAACCCGGCCCAAAGUCAGCGACAGGAUAACUCUGGGUUCCCAUGGCAAUUCAGCCUUCCAGCCCAUCACAGCGAGCUGUAAGAUUGUCCCACAAGGACAGCCGCCCAGCCCUGCUGAGUCGCCUGGGAAAUCUUUCCAACCAAUCACCAUGAGCUGUAAAAUAGUUUCAGGGUCUCCCAUCUCCACCCCUAGCCACUCCCCGCUGCCUCGCACUCCCACCACCUCCACACCGGUCCACAGCAAGCAGAGCUCUUCAUCAGUGCUAAACAACCCUUAUAUCAUUGUCGACAAGCCAGGCCAGGUGAUCGGCAUGACUUCCUCAUCCGCCGCCUCCACAGCAGGAAGCCCCUCAGGCAAACAGUCUGCAGCACACGGCACUCGCUCCCCUGCGCCCAAAGUUCACACCGGCACCCUCCUCUCCUCUGGCGUGAAGGUUAUUAUUAAGCAGGAGCCGGGGGAAGUUUCCACGCAGCAGCAGCAGAUGGUUUCCACAGUAACCAGCCAGCAGCAACCUGCUGCUACAGCAGCACACCAGUUUGUCGCAGUGAAAGGAGGUCACAUGAUCUCCAUGGCGGCUCAGAAACAGGCAGGAGGGCCCACGGGGGCUGCAACUGGCAAGAUGUUGGGUAUCCCGGUCAGCUCAACGCUACAGUCUGCGGUCAAACAGGUUGCCAUCAGCAGUGGACAGAUUUUGGUUGCCAAGGGUAGUCCAUCUGUCUCCAAGGUGAUGAGUGGGAAGCAGGUUUUGGCUCAGGGAGUUGCUAAAGCCAUUGUAAGCGGAGCUGGUGGCAUCUCCAGUCAGCAGGCUGCUGCCAAGGCAGCCGGUGGUUCAGGCGGCAAGAGUGGAGUGAUGGCCACGCUUCAGCUCCCAGCCAACAACCUUGCCAAUCUGGCUAAUUUGCCUCCAGGCACCAAACUCUAUCUGACCACCAACAGUAAAAACCCUUCUGGGAAAGGAAAGCUGCUUCUCAUCCCACAGGGAGCCAUCCUCCGAGCCUCCAGUGCAAGUCAGCAGUCCCAGAGCAGCUCGUCAGCGGGCGCUGGGGGCUCUCAGACCUCCUCCUCCUCUUCCUCUUCCAGCAGUCUGCCUUCCAACCUCUCCUACACAUCCUAUAUCCUCAAACAGACCCCACAGGGAACGUUUCUGGUUGGCCAGCCAGCAGCGGGUUCAGGGAAGCAGGGAGCCUCCAGCUCAGCUGGACAUACAGCAUCAUCUCCAGCAAGUGUUACUCAGCAGGCCAUCCGUGUGACAGCUGGACAGAAGGCGGCCAUUCUGGCUCAGGUGGUUAGCGGCUCCCAGGGUGCACAGGUGAAGUUGUCUGACGGCGCAGUUAAAACGGUCACAGCAGCAGCUGCGGGUCACUUGUCCAAGCCGGGGACAACCACAUUAAGGAUGACAGGCGGAGUCAUCACUGCUGCUAGUUCCACCCCCAGCGCUGCAGCAGCUGCAGCGAGCCAACAACAGUCUGCAGAUGCUGGGAAGUCCGCCUCUCAGCAUCACCCUCUCCUUGUGGCAGCAAACCAAGCAGCAGUAAUAAGCGCAGCUAAGAGCGCCAGUGCCACCGCUGGAGGCAGCCUGUCUAAGACGGCAGUGGCCACCUUGGUGAAGGGUGCUGGCAACUCUGCCAUGUUGACAAAGAGUGCUGCAGGAUCAACUGGGGCUGUAGUUACAGUCCCAAAGGGCAUUACCAACAUGCCCGUCAUCAGCAUGUCCAAGGGUGCAGGAGUGGGGACUGUGGUAGGUGUGCCUAAAAGUGGCGGCACACCAUUGGUCAGUGCAGCUUCAUUAGUCGGCAGCGUGUCAGCAGGAGGAGGGAAGACAGCUGCAACUCUGUCAGGCAUGCUGAAGAUACAUUCUGGAGGAUCCAGCUCACAGCAGACGGUCUUAACAAUCCCUGCCAACCAGCUAAAGCAACUGGGGGUCGGCACCAGCUCUGGAGGGCUGCAGACUAUUCUCAUGCCAGUUGGGAAAGUGGUGUCUAAAGGCCCAGUCUCCAGUGCUGCUUCUCUCUCCUCCUCCAUCAUCCUUGGAGCGGCUGGAGCUGGAGCCUCCCCCAGUCCUGUCAGCCACGCGCCCCCCUCCCUUGCCCUGCCUCUGGCACAAGUAAAAACAGAGCCAGGUGCCAGCACAGCUGUAACAGCUGGUCCGUCGCCCCCAGUGACCGCUCCUACCCAUGUUGCCUCUGCAGCUACCACAGUGAAGCAGGAGCAAGGAGCAGAUAAUGCUGCACACGACCUCAUUAACACUGAGCACAUAGAGACCAUGAUGCAGCUGCUGACAGCUGUAGUGAAGAAGUUCCCUCUGAUAGUGCCAGAAAAAACAGAAGACUCCCAUCCGUUCUGUGCUGCUUCAACAGAGCAGUAUUACUCCUGGAAUAUUGGCAAGCGGAGAGCAUCAGAGCUUCAAAGAGCGGUGGCAGUAAAGCGCGUCAUCCAGGAUGUGUUGGACCGCUCACCGCGCCUGCAGGCCCUCACCCCGCCAAAGACCAGAGAGGUGGUGCAGUGGUGCCGGCAGAGGGGCUACACACCGCCUGACCUUGAACCUCAACGCAGGAAUGAGGAUGAGUCCAUCGAAGACAUCCUCACACAGAUCGACAACGAGCCUGAGUACCCAACAACCCUGAGCAGCUACGAGGAGCUAGUGCUGCGACUGGAGCAGAUGCAAGCUCUGCUAAAAACGGAACCAGAGGAGACAGACGACGAGAUAGUCGACAUCAUCACAGUGACUCCUCCCUGCCAGAAACUGAAGGUCAAAGAGGAGGAGCAGGAGGCCGAUGCAGAGCCAAAGUUCUUCCUGGGGCCGUGCACAUCGACGCAGUAUGUCAGUGAAACAGCUCAGCAGAUUGGCGUUAACUUCAGUCCUGUGGAGGUGGAGAAGAACGUGUUUGCUCCUGUAGUUGAAGCCAUGAUUUUAAAGGCUACUGAACAGUUUGCCAGUGACGUCCUGAGAGAAGCUCUGGCUGGGGCCUACGCCAAAUCCCCUCAGAACAGGGCUCCUAGAGAGAUCACAGCCAUGAACAUCCAUCAGGCAGUCAGCAGCAUCCCCACAUGCGACUUCCUCACCAACUUACACAUGGGCUAUCUGCAGAAAGACAACUGAGGCAGAUUGACAUCGACCUGUGACUGACACAUACAGAGAUGUGAGGACUGUCUGAACAGCUGCUCAGGACAGAGAUAUUCCACUACAUGAAACCUGGAUAUGGCCUCAGGUUCAGCUUUAAUAACUGAUGCUCUGCUUCCUGUAACCUGAUCACAGCAGGGCUCUGCUUCACACCGCAGCAGAAGAACAAAUGUUUGUAAUACUCCAGGUGUACUGUUACAUUUGAGUCCUGAUGUAUCGAGUUGAGCAGCAUUGCAGGACCUGUUUGAUUUGAUUUGAGAGGCCACGGUGCUCUCACUUACCUCAAAACAACAUUAUUUAGGUGAUGAAUCGUUUUUACUUACAGCGCUGAAUAAUAACAUGACACAGCUGUCGCAUAACAAGUUUACCUGCAACAGAAAUACAGCAGAACAGACACACUGAUGAACGUCUAAGUGUUAGGAUUUGUGCUGAAAAUGACACUCUUUCAAAUGUCAGUGUAAUCUGGCUGAGGUAAUUAUGGCUGUUAGUGCUGCUGUCUGAGGCUCUUCAGAAGAAGGUAACUGACUCAUGUUUCUCAUUUCUAAAUUGCUGACAGAUUAUAUCUCUGAAUAGGAAUCAUACUGCCAUUUUGAGUUCAAGACAGCACAGUAUUCAGUAUUUAUUGUCUCAUCUUCAACAACCUGGUUUGACAUCCUGUUAAAAGUGCUUUUAAGUGUUUUCUUAAACAACCAUAAUAUUUCAGCCAUGUAAAAUGUGACCAAUGUGGGGUGAAAGGUGUUUUCAAAUCCAUUAUUUUAUUUUUUUAACCUCAGAAAGAAGUAAACCAUCGAUGCUCGAACAACAGUGGGUAUGUGAAUGAAUUUGUGUUGGAUACUAAUGGAUGUAGUUAUUUCAGAAGAUAAUGAAUUUGAUGCUAAGUGUGUAUGUGCAUGUGUUUUGUCGGCUUAUGUGUUGGUAAAUCUGUAUGAUGUGGAGCUUUGCAUUAUGUUAAUAUAAGAAUGAGUUGAAGUGAUUGUUCAGAGUGGUUGUGAUGCCCGUUAAAACAAACUAGUGGAGGUGACACCAAAUGUUAUAUUUUCAUGUCUCCGUGCAAAUCAAAAAUGCAAUGAAUAUUUUUGUAAUAAACCAAAAAAAAAUC